AUGCCUGCCUCAUCACAGUGUCGCGCGCCUCGCCCUCUCCACACCUCGCUCUCGAACCCGCGCGGCUCACCGAGCAAAACUAUAAAUUAGGGAUUUUUUUUUCUUCCGCAAGACUCGAAGCAGAGUGGAAAACGCGGAAAUAAACGUCAACUCUGCGGGGAGCGAGUUGAAGAAAAGGCGAGAACUUAAUUUAUUUGGAUGUGUUUCAAAUCUUUUUCCACUGCGCGCGGUGGUGACAGUUGGUGCUCGAGGCAUUUUUACCCACUGAGGGACGCUUGCGCCAAGGUUCAUGAAGAAGUUUUUUAAUGUUGUAGCAGAGGAAAACAAAAGCAUUAGUAAGUCUUUUCAUUUGGCACCAAUUUUAUUCAUAGAACCGAAUUCUAACUCCCCGUCACACGGAACUUCGUCUGUUGUCCAAUCCGUCAGCACGUUGCUCACGCUCAGUUUGGAGAUGGGUUUUAAUUGUAGACCCUCACCGUGUCUUAAUGGAUUUCACGAGUUGUAAACUGUACCCAGACGGACUGGAGCCUCACUUUGUCAGUAUAUAACACACCUGGACACAUCUGGCUGAGCUCUGCUGGUUCUUCUUUUGAGACAGGGCACGGACAUUGCCUCAGCUGUUGGUGUUUUUCAUCGAUUCGGUGACAUUUGGAGCCCGAACUGCAACAGUGGACACGUGCAAGUAAGUGAGUCAGAUAUCUGACUGUUACACACACACACACAGACACACACACACACACACACACACACACACACACACACACACACACAAUGAAAACACCAGGCAACAGGAACAGAUGUGCAGCAUUAUGUAGGAUUAUACUUACACCGGAGUAAAGGGUGAGGAGAUUCACUUUUUUGGAGUGGGGCAACAGCUGCAAGUGGGAAACAAGAUUAUUUAUUUAUGAUUCAGCACAAUUGCAACUUUGAUGAGAAAAUGCAGCUUCCAAAACUGCAGCAUGUCAGCUGAUAUCUGUAAAAGGCUGAGACAGAAGGGGAAGAAGUCAUGGUUUCACAACGCCAAAACUCAACUAGAGCACAGUUCAGGUGAUGGAAAUUCUCAGUGCGUGCAAAAUCUCCUUUUUUAUGAGAGGAUGAACAUGUUCCCCAUUUUUAUCUAGAAUCAGUUCAGCUAGAUUAGAGCUUGGAAAAAAUAAGUGCUCUGCGUGAUCACACUGGCUGUAAUUUGCUGGUGUUGACUCUUGAUAAAGUUCCUCAGAAUGAAUACUUGUAAACAUUCUUCAUAAUUGAAGCAGGGUCUCUCCGGGUCGAGGACCAGCAUGUAAACAAAUCUUUUGAAAGUCAGAAUUAGUCUUUUUUGCACAAGCCUCAGCUGAUACACUGAGGAGGUUUGAUCUUCAAAGUGAAGAUAAUGUGACAAGCUGGACAGAUUUCCUCUCUGAUAUUAUCUCUUCAGAUGAGCAAAUUCUUUAAAACUAAUUUUUUUCACUUGUCUUUUUCCAGGAUGGUUGCACCCAACUUUUGAAGGACACUUUUUCGACAUUUUCUUUGGAAGCAAGGAUAUAUAUAUCCGACACAAUUCCUGCAGCCUACAGCCAUGGCUCAAAAGCCAGACCUAUGCCACUCCAAGAGCCACAUCGACCCCGGCAUGAAGCCUUUAAUCAGUGCCAUCAUGUUCGCAGCAGGAAUCUUUGGCAACGUGGCCGCCCUGGUGAUCCUGGAAAUUCGCCGACGAAAAAGCAUAAGGUCUGGAGACACAAGGCGUCGAUCUUUGUUUCACGUGCUCAUCACCACAUUAGUAGUGACGGACUUGGCGGGGACCUGCUUUGUUAGUCCAUUGGUGCAGCAUUCAUAUUCUCAAAACACUACCUUAGUGGGGAUGGAACAACGUAAUAGGAGUGUGUGUAAGUACUUUGGUUUCAGCAUGACCUUCUUCAGCCUGGCCACCAUGUCGCUCCUCUUUAUGAUGGCACUGGAGAGAGGUUUUUCCAUCGGGUAUCCCUACCUAUACAGCCGUCACGUCACCAAAAAAUGUGCCUACAUCACAAUCCCAUCAGUAUUUUUGUUCUGUGUGUUAUUUUGCCUCCUCCCUUUUGCGGGAUUUGGUACUUAUGUUCAGUACUGCCCCGGGACAUGGUGCUUUAUUGACAUGAAGCCGGAAGAACCGGUCCACCGUGCCUACGCGAACCUGUACGCUACGUUGAUGCUAGUGCUGGUGCUAGCAACAGUGGCGUGCAACUGUUUCGUGGUUUACCAGCUGUUCAAAAUGUACCAACGUCGAAGGAGGAACGGCUCGGUGAUGGUGACGACAAGACCAAGCAGUGAACGCAAGGCGACGUCGAUGGCUGAGGAAGUGGAGUAUCUCAUCUUACUGGUGUUCAUGACCAUCAUCUUCAUGAUCUGCACACUGCCCCUAGUGGUAAGAACACUGAAGACAACUUACUGUUAUGCUAUUAUAUGCGCACACAUACCAGGAAAUACACAGUUUAAUUCUGAAAAACCUCAGCAGGAGUACGCACAAGGUUCUCUACAAGCACAUCAGUGUUCAUUAAAAAGGGUUAGUGUCUGUAAAAAUCAUAUAAAUGCAAUAAGAGAAUUUCUUUCAUUUUGAUUUCAAAGGAUGAACACACACACACAAAAUUAGCAGAUUUUUCAGCAUCCCCAUCUUUACCCUACAGUGGCUUUACAGGUUUUGAUCUCAGGUCUCACUGUAAUUUAACAGCUCAGUGAACUCUCCUGUGCGUCUGCUGAUGUUGCAGCGCUGCUCUGCUUUCUUAUCCUCAUUAUCUGCACAGUGAUUUACAGCCCAAGACUUGAAAACCCUUUUAAACUCUGUAAAACCACUUUACAGUCAGAGCGUCUGUUUGGUUACAGAAUUACAACAAAGUGAGUUGUCUCCUUUUGUAAGCCCUUUUUUUUUAAAUUGAUGUUUAUUCUUUCAGUACAUCCUCACUCACCAAAAGUGAUCAAAAUAGCAAGAAUAAUUGAUUUGAGUUCAGUAAUGUCAUCUAUCACUAAUCCAAAAUUAAAACCACUUCAUAGCCAAAUGCCGUGUGCCUGAGACGCCCAAGUGGUAUUUAAAGAAAGAUUUAAAAUGUCACCCAGAGCAGAUCUCAUUUGUUACUCAUGUGUAUUUAUCUCCUAAAUAUCUCUGUGUUUUUUUGUCACCGCUCUUGUGGCAUUUUGUAGAAAUUCUGCCUUUCAAAUAUAACACAAUCGACUAUGAACUGUUGUGGCACCAAGCUGUGAUCGGAAACGGUCUUUUCAGUGACAUUCACAGCGACCCAUUAUACCGCCAGGAUCUAAAUACCAGGAGCUUGAAUUUAGAUAUCAUCUCAGUGGACUUGAAGAAAGGGCAACUUCUAAUGGCUAUUUUGGUAGCUGAUUAAUCAUCAAUAAAUGAAACAAUGAAAAUAUUAGAUCAUGAGCUACAUCUUUACCUAACAGCUCUUAUUGAGGAAGAAGCUUUUAAAUUCAAAGUGACUUUAAAACAUACCAUUAAAAUUCUUAAUGAAAUCUAUUUUAUUUUCUAUCUGGAGUUUAUUUAAGACGGCUAAAAUUGUUCUGCUCAGUAAUAGAUGAAAGCGAUGAGAGAGAGGAGGACAUUGAGUAAAGAGUUUGAAGGUGAGAGACCAAAACUAAGUGUUUAUAAAGAUAGUAGAGUGAUACAUUUAUCUUUUAUGCUUUGUUUUGUUUGUUACUUCCCUUCAGCUCUUUUGCAUGCACAACUCACACCUCAGCAAUUUUCAUUUUGGGAAAUUGUUGCUCUGCAAACAGCAUGAAAAACACACCCAAUGAUGCAACAGAGUAAUAACAGACUGUUAAAUACAAAUGUGCCACUGCUUUCGUCAGUGACUUAUCAUCGCAUCCUUAGAGGUGUGCUGACAUUUCUUUGCUGAAACACUCAGAUCAUCUGAUGAUUUCGACAUGUUUGCAAAGUUAUUUCAAAGUGCAUGGAGAAUUUAACGUGUUGCAGCGACAGCUAUUGCAUAUAUUAGUCUGAAGACGUGUACAGAUACUGAUGUAAAUAUAGAUAAGAUCCUGUUUUGGAGGUUUGCCAGUCAUUUGUUACUGUAAAAAUGUCAUCAGAUGGUACACAGGAAAAGCUGACACAUAAGGUCUAACCACUGAAAUCACUUUGGUAGAGAGGGUUACAGAACUGUUCAAGACUUGUGUUUUACAUUGUGUACCUCUGAAGUGUUAAAUUUAGUGAAAUUUUCAAACUUAACUGGGACUAUAUAAGUCAAAUGUUAUAGGAAAUAGUUGAAAAAUUGCUCUCUUUGCCAAACCAACAGCAUCAAGCCACAAAAUAUUCAAUUAACUUUGAAAUAUGAAGGAAAAAGACAACAAAUCCUCACAUUUCAGCAGCUGGAUCCAGAACAUUUAUUGCAAACGGGUUAAAAAAUUGCUGUAUUUCGGACGACCCCAAAUGGCUCUGUCAGAUAUGUCAUCAGGAAGUCAGUUAGACGGAUCAUAAUGAGAUGAUAGCGCUGACUGUAAUUAUGAGUUUGGGCUCAAAUGUAAAAACAACAAGAUAAAUCAUGUGUCUGAUGGCUAAUCAAGGGGAGCACAGAGCUAUUAAUCACUUAGCAUGUCUUUAAAAUACACAAAUGAAAGUCUGCAGUCAUGCUUUUAUGAGAUUUACCCCCACAGGCAAAUCAAACAAUGUGUCCCGUAGCAGGUGAUAACACAUGCUAACAGCAGCCAGGAACAGCAUCUAUUUCAAUACCUACAUGUAGUUCGAAACGUGGGCCAAUCAAAUCAUUUAUGAGUGAAGAUCCAGAUCAAAACAACCCUUAAAAGAUUCAACAAGCAGCGACGAGACAGUUUGCUCUCACAGUAAGUCUCCAAAACUAUUUUUUUUGCCUCCACCUCAGUUUUGAAAGUAUCUCCUUUGAAUUUCUAGAGAAAAAUCGAUGCAUUUCCCAGCAGAUAUGAUGUUGUUUUUUUUUUUUUUGCAGACAGCGGUAAUAGGGCCAAAGUGCUGUCUUCUGCACUGCUGUGGCUUAAAAUGCAGACAUUACCUCUCUGCAGCGAUCGCCAAAUUCAGCAUCAGACUUAAUUUGAUAGCCUCAGAAGCAUCAGAAAGCGCAGCGUGACCACACGAGGAGCUCAGUGUUCCCACUGAGUGGAGCUUAUUGAAGUAUAUUUCAACUCUUACCAUUAGGCUUGUGUUUUCGCUUGAAAAAUGGUGGAGAUACAGCUGCAAAAUAUCAAACUUUGAUAAAGUAAACAAACUGAACUUUUUACUGAUGACUUCCUGGCUUUGCACUGGUGAAGAGACACUAAGCAGAGAAGCUGGCAAGAACUUAAAUGUCACUGAGGGUGACCACGUUCUAAAAAAUAUAUAAAUCUAGCCGUAAUAUAACUGCGACAAAUGAGCUGCUAAAAUAAUUUGUUCCUUGCACAGCUGUCAGAAAUGGCAAAUGAGACCAAACUGAUUUCUGCACUGGGCUCGAAACAGAUUUAACCAUGCUGUUAUGUUUAGCUUUUUGAUAUGGAACUGAAUAGGGAAUGACUCACUUUUGGAGUUGGUCCCAAGUGGCCAGUCAAGGAACUGCACCUUUUCGGCCACUUCUGAGUUUGGUCGUUCUUGAUCCCUGGAUGUUACUCCUCGGCCUUAACAGAUAAAACAUGGAUUAAAAUGGGUUAACAAAGAAGUACCUAAAACCCUGAAGGUCUAAAAGGCAGGAUCAGCUACUGUUUGUUGUUAUGACGGGGGAUUUACUGAUGUGAUUAACUUUUAUACUCACUCCUUCCCAAUGAGGUGAGGACAAUACAUUCAGCUGACACUUAAUUUCUAUGCAAACAAGCGAACAACGCCAGACACAACCACAGGGCGUUAACUGUAAACUCGGCUAUUAAUGAUCUUUUAAGAGCAGCACAUAAAGUUUGUUUGAUCAAAUUUCAUCACCAAUGAGCCGCUCUCCGCUGUACACUGUACACUGUGUACCAGGUGUUUACUGCUCAUGACAGGUAAAGGGCACUGAUAUCAGCUUCCCGCACUGACCUCCUCCAGGACGGUGGAUUAAAUAGAUGACUGGUACAGUGAAGCUCAUCAAGGACAGAACAGGAGGCAGGUUAGGUAGAUGAACAAGAGACUAAAGGACAGAAAAACAAAUUAGGCUGCACACGAUCCCUCCUGUGGUAUCAUCAGGUCAAAAACAAGUUAAUAUGUAAGGCUGAGUAAACGUCAAAAUAAGCUGAAACAGUCCAUUAAUUCUCCAGUCACACAGUCAAGGCAGCAACCAUUAUUAUUGCAAUAUGACGCCAAAAAUAAAAAGUAGAAAUUUAGUUGAUAAGUAUAUAAUGGUUUUCAUGUCCAGCUGCUACCCUGGCUCACUAUUUUUGUAUCAGAUGUCCAGUUGUAGUCACUACAGACCAUCACCACAGCAGAGAAAAGUGAUAUGCACAUUACUUUCAGCCACAUUUGAUGGAUACGUCUUAUUAUGUGAGUGCCGCGCUUCAUAUACUGGUCAAUCACUUACUUGUGUCUGUCACUACUUCUCAUAUUUCUGCAGAAUGGCCACUUUAACCUAUUGGCUGACAUUUCCAUUUGCUGCCAGCAAAAUAUGAAGAAAACCUUUUACCAUACAUCACUCAAAACACACACUCAGUUAUAACUCAGGGGGUAAUUUGGCCUCUUAUUUUGAAGUAACAUCCACCUUCAUCUUGAAUUUCCUUCCCCAUUCUUUACAUGAAAAAUGCACCAAAGGUAAAAGCUGUCUUCUCUCCUGAAGGCAGCCAACAUUUUCAGCUGGUGAUCUAUCAGUCAAGAGUUCUGGUGCCAAAGACAACGUAGGGCCUGUGUUUCAUCCUUAAAGGACCUUUUUUUUUGUCUAAAGAGAUGUCUAAAAUGUACAUUCAGGUAAUUUAAUUCUUACACCUACGCUGAAUUCAUCGCACACAAAUGAAAUAUUUCAAGAUUCUCUUUGGGGUUCAGGUCAGGCCAAUCAAGCACGGUGAUACCACAGUAAGCAAACUGGGUUUUGGUAGUUUAGGCGCUGUGGGCAGAUGCUAGGUACUGAUGGAAAAAGGAAAUCCGUAAAACUUUGCAGAUGUUUCCCUGUUUGAACCACUGUUGUUUUCGUCAAUGCCUCUUUUUUUCCCCGACGAAGACAUGACGUUGACGAGCUAAACAUCUAAACUAAAGUCUUAAAUGACUAAAAUGUGACGAGACGAAUGUGCGUUUACGUUGACGUGACGAGACGAGAACGUUAGUGGUGGACGACGAACAGAGUUGCAAAAUUCAUGAGCAUUUCGUCAGUCAAACGCUAAACAUAUAUUCUGCAGUGUUGUUUUUGUUGACGAUGACGUUGACGAAAUAUUUUCAUUAACGUCAUCGUCAAUGAAAACAACACUGGUUUGAAUGAAAUUAUAGGGAAAAAAUAAACUUUUUCUAGACAUUAUAGUUUUUUAGCUGCACCUAGACAGCAGACGUACUUUUGUAGACAAACUCUGUCUUUUCCAGGAUGGUUCACUGUUUGGUUACCAAUCUUGGAUGUCACUACGCUGUGUUUAGCAAGUUUCGCUCUCUUUAUUAGAAUUCUUCAAAGCCACCCUAGCCAACGUUAUCACAUUUAAUAUCACUUUCUUCCAACUUGAUUCUUCCAAAGGGUAAACGCAAACAAAAACUCUGAAGAGCGCUGAAUCUAGGGCCAUUAGCAGGGUCUACAGCACAGCUAGUAGCGGGAGGCUGCAUGACAGUUCAGAUGCAACCCUUAACUAGCAGAUAUAACAGAUGACACAGUGAUGACAUUUAAAUGAUUAAUCUGCAUAUCAGGCACAUCCCUAUGGCUUGUUUAAAACUCAACUGACUUGUGUCAACUGUCUUCAGCGUCUUAGAGGACACAGCCAACUAAAGUCUUAACAUGAUAUUGGGAUUGUUUUGAAAGCUGGUGUCAGCAAAGAGAUUAGGUGUGGAUGCAUUCAAAGAACUUGACAUCUGGUAUCUCAAAUUAGCAGUUUACAGUGCAACACACUGAAUGGCUUAACAUGAGUACAGAUUCAUUAUUAAUGAAGAGUUUUAUAUUAACACACAUGGGUGUCCAAACAGCGAUGUGACACCACAGUCUGAGGUCGGGAUGCUCCACACACACACACACACACACACACACACACACACACACACACACAGACACACAUGAAGAAAGAUCGUAUUACAGUUUUUUGCCAAUAUGAAACUGUACACUGAUGAUGUGACUGUGUGUGUGUGAGGUCCUUCAGGUUAUUGGGGAUUGCAUUAAAAAUUGAAAAGGGCAGACAAUAGCCCGCUGGUCCAGAAAACAAAUUGAUGGAGCAGAAGGCAUGGGCAGAGACGGAUAGAAAUAUAACACAGCAGUACAGAAGUAGAAUUUAAAUCAGGACUGAAGACCAACUUUUCAACUCUGUUUUUAUUUGGUACGACAUGUCUGUGUCUAGUUUUCAAAUCUAACCCUGCAUUGUAAUAGCUGUAGAAAAUCCCCAGAUUGGAUUUCCAUUUUUAGUGUUCCUCAUUACUGUGAUCUGGGAUUAGGAUGAUAGCACUGCAAGCUCCUCUUUCACUUUGAUAAAGCCACUCUUCUCCAAUUCGUCCUCUCAUUUUCUUUCUCUUUCAAGCAAUAAUCCAUAUAGUUGAAUUCCCCCAGUACCAAAUACAACACAUAUCCACUCAACUUAUAAAGUGGAUAAGAGACUCUCAUUCAUUAGUACCAUCAACCAUUUAGCUUUUAGCUUUCAGCCGACAACAUCAAAAGUAAACACCCAGCAAAUGGACGGAUAUCAUGAUGGCUUUUAGUCUUAUGAGAUACGUUACUAACUUUAUUUAAUUCAGUGGUGUUUUCGCCUUAUUUUUUGGAUAUAAUGUGAAGAUCAGUUUCCUUCAUCAUCUGUGGUGUACAAGUAGGAGCUAUUUAUUAACAUGGACACCACGCCUUCAUGCUCCUCCUGUUGUGAGAUGGGAAUUCUACCUUAAUGUGACUAACAUAUUGCACAAGUCCAACCAAGGACAUGUGCAGAGGUGCCAUCUGGCAGGUUGGAGCCAUGAGACUGACCUUUCACUCCUGAAAACACUCAUUUUCCUCUCUAGUCAACAUUUAACAUCUGAGAUACUCCAGAAUAGGACAUUUGACGGGUUGAAAGUGAUCUCCUUUACUCUGCCAGUAGAAGGAGCUCUGGAUGUUUUGGCUCCACAGUCUGUGAAACCUCUUGUGGCUCUCUUACCCAGUCAGUGGUCUUUCCUCCCUCCUUGUUUUGCUUGUAGAAAUAAUCUGUUAAACCGCUUCAUUUUGGGACACAGUAAAUACUCAGUGAGUCGCUGCCAGAUUUGGCCACUUGCUCUAACGUUUCCCCACAAACUUCCUAUUUACACACUCGUAAAACAAUUAUAGUUUGGAGCCCUGUGACUAGUAAAGUUUUGGUUCCAAAUGCUUGAAUUUUGGCCGAACUCUGCAAACACAAACUGUUCAAUUUAAUCUCACGACUUCACAAGCCAACCCGCAAGUCUCUUAACAUACUUCGAAUAUUAACUCUCAUUUAUCAUCAACAGAAAACAACAAAUACUCGGGAGCUAGAUUAUCACAUCUGGAAAAUUACACCGUUUUGUCCUUGCUGACACUCCACAUUACCUGUUUUACGACUCUUUCUCCUCGGUUCCAGGGGAGCUGGAGAAAAUGGGCUCACAGUGCCGAGCCUGGCUGAACUAAGAAAAUCAGGCUCACGCUCUCUAACCUUCUCCCCAUCGGUUUCUGUCUCUAACACACUGCGAGGCCUGUCACUAAUCAUGGUUAUGAUCCCAUGUGGAUUUGUUUAGACGGACUUUGGGGUUAGCGUGGAGCUCCUCUACAUUUUAAAAACAGUCAAUACCUCACAAAUUUCUUUUGCGUCAUUGGUGUUUUUGAUCUGCAUUCAGAUUCUGUUUCUGCAGUGUUAUAAAAUUUCCUAAACAUGUUAUGUAACUAUUUUUCUCCAGCCUAAGAGAAGAAAAAGUUUCAACUAUUCUUUAAAAACAGUUGCCUGAUUGCCAUCUGCAGCUGUGUGUUUGUUAGGAGAGACAACUGCGCUUCAAGAUAGCCAAUUAGACCUCAUGCAGCAAUAAAGCUGCAUGGUUGUGUGACUUAGCAACAGGAAAUUGGCUUAAUGAGACUGGCGCGACAAUGUUAGUGUAAGCAUCGCUCUCUGAGGAAGCAGGGAGCUUUUACGGGAGUGAAACCUGAGUCAGUUUAGAGUACAACUUUUUUAUGGGGGAGAUAGGAAAAACUUGGAGGGACAGAGAUGAGAAAAACAAGAGAAAACGGUGGGCGAGGGUGGAAAAACUCUGAAAGAAGAAUACAAGAAGCGGUGCAUAAAUUUACUUUACAACCUGUUCACUUCUGCAUUCAUGUUUUACUGGAUAUUGUUCGUGUGUGUCCCCGGGAGAGAGCAGCUGCAGGAGUUUUUAAACCUGUGAGCCGGUCAUAGCUUCCCUGGAUUGUAUUAUUGUGCUGUUUCCCGAGCCUGUGGGCAUCAGCUUGGGGAAUUUACUGCUUUCCACUUAAGCCAGUGCUGCAGUAGCUGAUUUCAGCAGCAGACUUUAACCAGCCCCCACAGUGCUGAUCAAACGGGCGUACUCCAAAGCUGUUCCCAUUAGGAAAGGUCAAAGACUUUUUAAUGUGGUACUUAUUGAUCUGACCUGUCGAUGAUAUCAUGGAACAGUGUCUGUGUGUGCUGUACAGUGAGGUGGAUCACAGGUUUUAAGCCUCCCUUUAACUUUAGCUGAAGGUGCAGAGACAGGGAGUACUAAGGUUGAAAACAGACCCCCAACGCUCUGAUUUAUGAGGGUAAAAUCCUGUAACUGUUUUUGUUUAAAUUUAAAGGUACAGUGUGUAAAAAUUGAGGAAGAAAAAAAAAAUUAAAUAGAAAACAGCACGAAAUAAAAUCAGUCUAAAAUCAGGGUGAACUAGACCCCAUGGCUUCAUAUAAGGGUCUUGCUCACCCUGUUACGACUCUAAUAUGCACAAACACCUAUUCACUGUAAACUUCUUAUUCCUGAGAGUAAAGGUCCUUUCACACCGUUUUUGUCGUGCAAUUAUUUCGGACGUCAAUAUUUUUUUUCGAACCCGUAUCCUGUCAAUACAAACGUUCACAUCAGCAACGUUUUCCCGUCCUGCGAUAUUGCAGCAUUUAUUUUUUCGGAUCAUGGUCGAUUUUUCUAAAGUUUUGCAUACUGUGUGUCCACUUCUGACCAAUCAGAUUUCGUGUUGUUGUGACGUCUGAUUCACCGGUAUAUCCAACAUGGCCAACCGGCUGAUUGUUUACGUGUCGGAGAACAGAGUGCUUUUUGAUAAAAGACACAAAUAUUACAAAAAUAACGACCUGAAGGACAACAUAGCGUCGGAUCUCUCAUAUGACGAUGGUUUGUGUGCUUUAACAGUUUGCUAAACGUCUUUGUUUUAACUUUCAUCUGUGCUAACGUAGGCUAACGGUUGUUACCAUAGUUUCAUGUGCUUAUCUUAUCGCCUCUGAUGAGUGCUGACCGUUUGGCUUGAGUGUGUGACGUUUCCAGCUUUUCUAGCCAAUCAGAGACGAAGGAGGCGGGACUUUUCCUGGGAAAAGUCUUCCGUGGGAUGCGUCUUUUUUCCCCCCGUGAAAGUCGGGCUUGAUGUGUAUAGUCAGGCAUGUCAAAAUUUGCCUCUGAAUAUUUCGUAAUUUCGUGUUCUAUAUUCGCGUCGGCCCCGGUGUGUAAGGACCUUUACACUGUGUUCAAGUUACCUCGGAAGUCAGAUGUCCGAGCUGGGAAUGACGUCGCAACCGAGUUACUGUUGUUUUGGUUACCAAGUCGGAAAAAACAAAAUUGAAGGCGGAAACAAAAAGGCUAAAUCUACGAAAGUUAUUUUAGCGCUCGCCUUGUCCGAAUGAGAGCAACUUCUGGACAAAUAUGCGGUCCUUCUGCAACAUCUUGUUUCCACCUCCGAUUUUGCUUUUCUCUGACUUGGUUACUGAAACAACAGUAACUCAGGUGUGACGUCAUUCCCAGCUCAGACAUCUGACUUCCGAGGUAACUCGAACGCAGCAUAAGAGGUUUAGUCCCUGCACAAAUCCACUCUUGGCUGUAAAUGUCUUCAUGUCUAAACUUGGCGACUCCUCUUGAGGGAAAAAGGUGAUAAAACUUAAUAGUGAGCAGCACAUAUUAAUCAUUACCUGGUUGCUGUAAGUAGCAUGUUUUCACCUUAUCAUGUAUUUUAAAAGCAAAUACCAGUGUCGUUACUCUGCAGGAGGAUAUAGAGAAGCUUUGAGAAUACAACCCUGGUGUUUCAACAAAGAACCUUUUAUGAUCCCUCUCUCACACUAUGAGUAAACCACUUCAACUGGAUAUCAGCAUGGGAAUCUUGAUUUUGCUCUGCCUCUGCAUUCAACAUCUGCCUCUUAGCUUCUCCUAAAACCACUAAAUACACAAAUGUUCGGUCUCAAUAAUUUAUGGCGUGCCUGUGUUUGCCUCGGCGGCCCGUCUGAAAAGCAAACAAGCUGAUUCAGAGUAAUUGGAAUAUCCUCGUUGAAUUAGGACUCUGCAAACAUCCUGAGGACUGAGUGGUUGUGCUUCCUGUAUGAAAGAGGAUAAAACUGCGACAGACUGAAAAAGUGUUAUUUACUGUGAGUGUGGGAAAAUACAUAUUUGGACAAAGAGCCAGAGUACACCUUCACUGCUGCUAGAUCCUCUUUUUCCAUUAUUUUUUAUUAUAAAUCAGUUAGGGCCUGAGUGCCUGCGGGUGAGGAGGACUGUUUUUUUUUUUUUUACAGGAUUUUCUCCAUCCUUAAUGCCUGUCAUUGGUGGUUUUAGAAGAAGAAAAACACCAAUCUAACACACAUUUUCUCUCUUUUCCCUCCCCUCUAUUUUUCAGAUCCGGGUCUACAUCAAUUCAUUGAGGAAUGAUGAGUUCCACCUACAGGACUUGGUCGCCCUACGCUUCAUCUCUGUCAACUCCAUCAUUGACCCCUGGGUCUUCAUCCUCCUUUCCCCCAGUGUGCUGCACUUUUUCUGGGGCUCAGUUUGCCGAUUUCCCUUUGGGGCCUCCAGGGGUUCUGUGUUUAAAACUUCAAUAGCUAAAGAGAACGCUCAACCGAACGUUGAACUAACCUGCCCGACGUGGCAGUACACAGAUAAUUUCCAGACUGCUGAAGCUGUAUGACCGUAACAGUAUUUAUAUUCUAAGAAUUGUAUUUAUUGGACUCCAGAUUGGAGGAGGUGUUUUCCUCUGUGAUCUCAUGAAACAGAGGUGUUGUGGACUUAAACAUCUCUUUAUUUCUGAGAGUUUUUGUUUUAAAAAUGGCGGUUCCUGUCACUCAAAUCUAACUACCAUCUUUGGGGUCAGAGUUCUUGCCAUUCACAGGGGAUUGAAACCUUCUACUCGCAUUUCAACUAAGUUGAUGCAUGUUGAAUGCAUACAGACUUCUCUGGAGCCUUAUUCUAAGUGUAAAAGCUCAACAUUUUGCUGUCUUUGCUGCUUAUAUUUCUUGCCAUUAACAAGUUAAAUUAAAGAAAGCUGCUGAAUGGAUGGCAAAAGAAAGAUGCCACUUAUAGUAUCUGUAUAGUUUGAAAUGGAUACACUGAGUGUUUCCUUCUGCAUCAAAUUGAAUCUAAAAUAUCUCAAGCUUGGACGAGGACAGAAAGCAACAUACUGAAGAUGCCAGAGGUCAGACUUUUUUCUUUUAUGUGUCCUCAUCUGAAGAGCAUUAUCACCUCUGGGCUUCUAAACCCCCCACCUGAACCCCGGUGAACCUUUCCCUCACAUACCAAACAGAUUCCUGCUGGAGGUCAAAAGGCAACAAGCCCGGAGAGAGGAUAGUCAACACUUCACUCAGGGAGUGGGUGAUAAACACAGGAGAGGUUAUUUGAGCUGUAGCGACAAUAUCGAAUUCAUGUGUUCAUGUACAGUAUGAAGCAUAUGAAUUAUUAUAACCAUAUCUAAAGGAGAGUUCCUGAUACGAGACCACAGUGACCAUCUGACUUCAAAACUUCCUUUUUUUUUUUGUUUCAUGCACAACCCAGAUAGUUUUCUUUCAUAAUCGUCUUUAUGAAACACCAAAACAGUGACGGCACAGAUUGAUCGCAAAUGAUGGUACUUUUUAAAGGAACAAGCUACCUCCUGUCACACCAAAUUAACUCAAUUAGAUUUGUGAAGCCAGAGUGUAAACCACACCAGUACAUAAGACAGAGUCUGAUUUUCGGAGUCUCUUAGUGUGACCAAAUUUUAAACCAACUUCCUGUCUGAUCAAUCCAAAACAUCCCCGUACUUCUCUUUUGUUUUCACCACGUGCAGUUUGCGGUCCAUGUGCCAACAGAAACUUUGAUCAUUAUGAGGUACCAAACAACCACCUGUGACUGAUUUGCCUAGAAAGCGCAGCUGUGGCUCAUUUUCGCAGUAGGUCACCUCUCAGUUGGAACAUUGGUGGUUUUAUCCAAGGUCCUGCUGAGUUAACGGCGGCUGCACUGGCGGCCAUGACAAACUACAUCUGUGACGAGGUAGCACAAGGUCAACAUGCAGACCAAUCAGACUCGAGGCGUGCAAUUUAAUUGUCUUUAGUGUCGCUUUUGCAUUUGAGAAUUAAUCGCCAUGGUUAUGGGAUUUUGGCCAAUUAGAAACAUGUCUUUUCUACAGCUGGGUUAUAAUUGGCAUAAGCAAGUUAAGAGCUUAAAAUCCCCAUUGGCUUGAUGAGCAAAGAUUCAUUUACAAUAUAAAUCAUAUACUCAGCUAAAAGUUGUUGACUUAACUCCUUUAUUACCUUUAAAAUGUACCAUAAUGUGCUGAAAAUCUGUGCCGUACACCAGCUCUCAGAAACAAAGUAAACUGACAAGUUUCCCCUUUAUCUCGCUUUCUCAUGCUGGAUACUGUGUUGGGCGUGAUGUCUAAAACUUGUCUGGAAACUAUGAAGGGAUAGUUCCAUUAACUUCAUGACUUAAGUGCCAUUUCAGCUGGGUUUAAAAGAGGGCAUCUUGAAGUGUUUAGGUUAUUUUGAAUGUUUCUUUUGAGGACAUCCUUUAUGCGGGGAGGAGCACGUCCUUUUUCAUGGGAAUCGUCAUGAUCGCACGUUCAUGUUGUUGAAUGAAGUUUGACGGGGAAAUGCUUUCAAGUCCUCUGAUUAAAAACUAAUGACAAAAAAGUUCCCCUGCAUUAGACUUCACCAGUCACUUUGAAAAAUAUCCGCCCACAAACACAAGUCAUCAGUGCGUCCAAUGAGCUUAAGACGAUCAAUGACUUUCCUGGAAAAUACGGGCUGGUAAAAAGUCGCACAUGUCGCAUCAUACGGUGUUAAAUAACACAAAACCACAGGGAAUUGUUACUGUUACAACAUCUCUUUGUCAUAAUGGAUCAAACUCUGUCAGGGCUCAAGUGUUUGGCAAGAAAAUAAGCUACUUGAGAUUAGCAGGAUCUCCGGUCGUAAAUCUCUCGAAAUAGAAAAUCUUUCCAUGGUGAGCGGGGUUACGUAAUGGCAGGAGUUUCGUUUAACUGAAAGCUUGUUAAAUAAGAGAAAAGGUUCUCAGCUCUGUCAUGUAAAAUACCAGAAAGUGUGUGAACAUCGGGUUAACGAUCGGGCUGCAACCAUUUAUUUGAAUGUGUUAAAAAAAAAAGUGUGUGUGAGUGAGGAUGUCGUUUGGUUAUCUUGCUGUGAGAACGGCAGUUUAUUGCCUCUGUUGUCGGUCUGUUGUUGCUUGUAAGCUCAGCAUCAAAAUUGUCAGUGUUUACGACGGUCACUUAUACGUCCUGUGGAGUUUGCGUGUGUGUUAUGUGAGCUUUGGUUCUGUAUGUGUGUGUGUGUGUGUGUGUGUUGUGUUUUUGUGAACAUGUGUUUUUUGCUAAUAUAAAAUUCCUGGAUAAACGCUUUUGUCCAAGUGCCUACAAGAGGUGCAAUUUCCUGUACGUGUGUGUGUGUGAGAGAGAGAGAGACAGACAGCACUGACAUGUACCCGUGUGGAAACAGAAUGCUACCUACCUUGACGUGUCUGUUAUUAAAGUACUGUAAAUGAAAGUGAAUGCACUGAGCACACGGGUGUGCAUGUGUGUCUUUUAUUGCUUGUGUAAAUAAACAUCUCAUCUAACAAAAAUUCAGUCCGACCUGCUCGGUAACUUUUUUUCUUUCAGCACACACACAGUUUGUGGAUGGCUUCCAGAUGUGGAGGGCAGAGGCAAAUCUUUCAACAAGACGUGUGUUUCACUUGAACUUUGACUGGAGUUGUUUCUCUCCAAAGUCACGUUAAGAGGGGCGGUUUGUCACAUUUUCUUUUCUGUCAUUUCAACACUGCGUAUGUUCGUUGUUUAUUCUUAGCGACCCUAAAGUGAAGUUUGCUGUCUGUGAACAGGAAAUAUGUUUUUGUCUCACACUGCUCACUGGUUUUACUUUUGUUCUGUUGUGGUUUAAUUGAUUAACAAAGAGUUUUCUUUGUCUGGAAAAGCAACUUAACCUCAAACUUAUUUAGAGAAAGCAUAGUUGGUUUGUAAAAAGUCAAAACGGAAACCUUUUGUACUUUUUGCUCAGUAAAGUAAAAUUUAAACUACUAGUAUCAAACAGGGGCUGUCGAUGAUUGUACCUAUUUCAGAUACAGUCCAUUUUUGGGGGAGAAAACUUUAAACUGUUUCCCUGCAUGAAGACUUCUACUGCAUUUAGCAUUGUGCAGUUUGAAUGUAGAUGUGUAGCUUCUUCCACUAUCAUCAGGUAUCUAGGUGCAUUGGGACUUUGCACCUGCCUGGGAUGCCAUAACUACUACCAUGUGGUUUGGUCCUAAAUCCCACAUAAAAUCAUUAAGAUAAGAUAAACAUUAGGGAUCUGAAUUUAAGUAGUCAAACUAAAGUAGUUCUAUGAUUUUAAAGACUUUCUACGAUUAUCAGCUCGAGCUGAUUUGUGAUUUGGUAAGUUUUGCAUAAAUUUUGACCUUGCAAGGACACUAUAGGUAAGCUGCUGCAGUUUCUUCUUGCAUCCAUCCACUGCUCUUUUUAAUGGUACUAUUAUCUUACUGUAAAAACAUCCAGUUGGUUUAGCUGUCAAGUCAAAAGUAACAAGAUAUUCGUGUCAAAUGGAACCUGUGGACCUGUAAGCAGCGCCUGCUUAAAUGGGUGACAACAGACACGUGAUCAUUGUCAACAUGCUAAUUCUGUUUGUCACAGAAAAAGCACCCUGAAGCUGUUUCCUGCCUCUCAGCCAUGGUUUCAGACCACAAAUGUAUUUAUAAAUCUACAAGUGACAGUCAUUUAAAAGAAGAUUUCAUCACACUUACUCUUUUGCGACCCUAAUUUCUAUUAUGUGGAUUCACAAAUAUGUAUAAAAUUACUUAAAGAUUAAAACCUAUAGAGAUGAAGAUAAACAGCCUGGUUCACCCUCGCUAUCUUAUCAUCAUCACAGGUUCAGAUGAGAAGCCUGCCUGCCAAGGCAGAGGUGUGAAAGUCAUCUUAUCUGAUUUCAAACUUUGCACCUUGCUCUGCUAGAAGAAGCUGAAGAUAGGGACGGUCUCAGAAAGCUCACUUAAAGUUUGCCUACUUUUUCUGAAAUAUACAAAUAUCAGUCUAUUUCAUUAACGUGGAAAAACUCUCUACAGGGGCUUUGUGAAUGAGACUUGAUUCAUCUUUGACUUUUUAUAAUCACAGGGCUGCAGAUGAAUUAAUUCAGUCUUUUGAAGAUCCUUUAUAACAUUAAGACUUGAGUUUGUACUGGAUUAUGAUUCAGAGCGAUGUCUCACGCUUUUUUGCAUGCUUUGUCUGUCCUUUGGCUUUUCAGACAUAUACAGAUACACCUGCCUUCGCCUGCUUAGUUCAUAACACUGUCAUACAAUCUGUGUGGAUAUUUAUCGCUGUUUAAAUGUAAGCACUCACUCACUGUGCUGCAGUAUAAGCAGGCGAGUGAGUUUAGAUUCAAUCAAAUGCAAACGUUUGUCUCUAGAGUAGCAUCUGUCUCUUAUUUGACUGUUUCGAUGAAGUUAUGUAAUAAACACUUCCUGUCUGUGCGUGUCUUUCAGCUGAGUCACAGGUCUUGCCUCUGCUAAAAAACAUAAACAAAUAUAGCUAAAUUAGUAUUUAUUUCAGCCCUUAAGUUUUCCUCUGUGAAGGACAGCUUGGCUUCCUCCUGCUGAUUGAUGAUAGCAAGCUGUGAGAGCUGAUGUGUCCCUCUUUGGUAAAAAUUCAGUUAGACUGCGUCAGAACUUUGAUGUUUUAGUCAAUUAAACUUCUUUGCCAUAAGAGUUUUUGUUUUUCAGACAUGACUUUGAGUGUUCUCACUCUUAAGGUCUUGACGCACUUGCAUGAAUCUGAAAUCUCAAAUUUCUCCUGUUUUUUGGAUCACGCCAACGCUGCACUCACUUCUUGACAUGAUUAAAAAAUGAGCUUGAAACCACACUUAUCAAGUAUGACACUGAAUAAUAAACCAAUAGAGUGUAUGAUGUUUUCAAAGGUACUUUUCCCCUACAUUAGAUCUGAAAAUUGAGAUUCUCUCUUCUUAAAGCUCCAGUGAGGAACUUUAUGGGUUAUUUAUUUAUUUAUUUACUUAUUUGCAAAAAGAGUUUUUGUUUUUCAGACAUGACUCUGAGUUUUUCACUCUUAAGGUCUUGACGCACUUGCAUGAAUCUGAAAUUUCAAAUUUCCUUCACCUCUGUUUUUUGGAUCACGCCAACAUUGCACUCACUUGUUGACAUGAUUAGAAAAUAAGCUUGAAACCACACUUAUCAAGUUUGACACUGAAAAAUAAACCAGUAGAGUGUAUAGUGUAUUUGAAAGGUACUUUUCCCCUUCAUCAGAUCUGAAAUUGAGAAUCUCUCUUCUUAAAGCUCCAGUGAGGAACUUUAUGGGUUAUUUAUUUAUUUAUUUACUUCUUUGCAAUAAGAGUUUUUAUUUUUGAGACAUGACUUUGUUUGCUCUAACUGAGAAGUCUUGACGCACUUGCAUGAAUCUGAAAACUCAAUUUCCUUCGCCUCUGUUUUUUGGAUCACGCCAACGCUGCACUCACUUCUUGACAUGAUUAAAAAAUGAGCUUAAAACCACACUUAUCAAGUAUGACACAGAAUAAUAAACCAAUAGAGUGUAUGAUGUUUUCAAAGGUACUUUUCCAUUAGAUCUGAAAUUUAAGAUAUUCUCCUCUUAAAGCUUCAGUAAGGAACUUUAUCGUUGUUUUUUUUAUUUCAAUUUGUUUUGAAACCAAUCAAAAUUAAAUCAUUUCCAUAGCUGAAAGAAGGACUUGGAGUUUUAAACCGAGACCUCGUGACAUGAGCUCCAAACAGCAUCCUUUAUCUUGGUUUGGCAGCUUUCAUCAGAUGUUAUAACAAGUUGUUUCUUUCGUUUCGAUCCACUGUUGACUGACGAAUGUAAAUUUCGUAAAGGCUGAAAGAGGAUCUACCAACUACAGAGUGGGCAUAGGAUGGGACUCACUCUUGGCCGCCUCUGCUCAUUUACAUGUUGCUGCAUCACGAGGAGACCAAAGUCCUGAACUCGUGCCGCUGAAAGCAGCACACGUCUUUUGACUAGAUUUUGACAAAAAUGUAAUUAUCCUCUCUAAUUACCUGUAAUUUACAACAUAUCCUGCCUCUUUUCUUUCGAUUAAUGCUUCAGCAAUAAACAAUUACAUACAACUGACCGGCCAGACAUCAGGAACACAUCGGCUCUAACUGGAUUUAGUCCAUCUAAUUGAUUAGUUGAUUAAUUAACUCUGUCGCUCUAAUUGCAUAAUCUUGUGUCCUUUUGUGUUUUCAUUAGAUCAGAGGAAGGAAGCUGCUGCUGCCGUGUGUUGAAUCUGUGUUGAAGAACAUGAAGAUGACUUUGCUGAGGAGUGCCAGAAUAUCUAAAGCCAACUAUGAGAGCCGGGUUUCUUUCCAGAAAAUACGGCCUUAAGACUUGUUUUAGGUGUUUGCCGAAGUUGAGAAGUUACCACAAUAAGGUGGGCGAAUGUUUGCAAAGUAUUAAUCAUAAAAUUUUUAGCUUUUGUGUCGGGUUAAAGACCAUGCAGGGUGGGAGAGCUAGUUUAGGAGAAAUGACUUUGUUUGAACAGUGACGCAGUGUCUUCAUUAUUGUUUCUAGCUGCGGGUAAGCAGGACACCGCUGAUUGGCAAACCUGGACAGGAAAUUACAACAAUUUAGGAAAGAUUUGGAGCAUAAAUUUUUCCACGUCUGAGAAAAUGAAGGAUUGUCUCACUUUAGCUGCAGCAUUUAGCGAAAGAAGACUGGCUUUUGUCAGCCCUGCUCAUGCCAGAUUUUGUCUUUUCCAAAAAUAUGUGCUUUAAGAAAAAGAUAAUUAAGUUCUCAGCUGAGAUCCAGGAGUCAUCUGGAGAGUAUAACAGCUGAAUGUCAACACUUCAUGGCAGUAAAAUCACAUUUUUGAUGCAUUAUUUAAUCCUAUUGUUGCAUUUAAGCUAUUAUGCUUAGUUUAUAGGUGGUAGGUUCAAUGAAAACUGCUUCAGGGAUCUUUCUGAGAUGAUCUUCUGUCCACCAGCUGAUGAACUCGAGGUGCUGGUAGAUCAUAUGUCGGGAAAGCAACCUUAGAGAAAGAGGUCACCAGGUCAACACACAGAAAAGUGUAGCUUUGGGGGAAGUUAGCCAGUCAGAACAAGAAGCAGAUUAGAAAGGCUGCUUGCAACACUUGGGUGGAGGCGAGAGAGUGAGUUUCUUGUCUGCUGUGCUUUUACAGCUUAACUUUAGUCAAAUCAGUAGGCAGUAAUAAAGGCACAUUUCUUUGGUAAUAGCUUUUAAACUGCUUCAUUUGCCCCCAGGCUUUUCUCAUAGAAAUUACACCGAGUUAUGUUGUAAAGAUAUUUGAACCACAGACAUUUAACAUGAAGAUUGCUCUAUCCUAUUUGAGUCAAUGACAAAAUCCAAACAGGGGGGCUUUGUCAUUGAGCGUCCCUUUACAGCUUGUAAAAACCAUAAAUGGCUGCUUUGGCAAAAUACAUGAAAAAUCAUCAGAUAUAAACUUAAUAUAAACUGUUUAUGGGAGCUUGUUUGUCUCCGUUUAUAAUAAAUCUUGGAGGCUCUUCCUUUUACAUAUUUUCGACCCAAUUAUCGAGGAAUUUGUCGGUCGUGGACGCUCAUUUUCAAAUAUCUUCAUGUGAGGAAUUUUUCUGUUUUUUGACCUCAUGAUUCAAGGCGUCUGUUAGAGCAGCGAUGAGAAAAAAACUCCCCCUUCUACGGCCUUGACUACGCCACCUGAAGAGCUGAUUUAUCAAACAUCUCUAGUGAAUUGCGCCUUAAAGUUAAUUUCAGAAGUGAAACCCUGGGAGCAAUCAGCAACUUGCUCAAGGACACUUGAGGCUUCAGGCCGCUGCGCCGCUCUAAUAUCUGCGUGAUUUAGAGGAGAGGAUGUGGAAGAGGUUGUGGGAUGAGGGAGGAUGUUUUGCACAACUUGGUGAUUUGACCUCAGGGGGCUUCCUCCCAGCAGGAAAAAGUUGAUCUGCUGUUAGCUGAACUUCAGCUCAGUUUUCUAUCUUUGGUCCAUGAGUUUGACAGGAAACAGAGAUUAGCUGCUCCGCUUUGAGGUACCACAGUGGGUAUCCGUCAGAGCGGAGGGAUUACUACACAUUUUCCUCACACGACUAUUUCCACCGUGACAGAAACCUCUUGCAACACGUUUGAUAUUGUUUAUCUAACAGUUCCCAGAAUGCGAAGCCAUGCACGUUUACAUUAUGCGAACUAAACAACAUAUUAAAAAACAAAUUUAGCACACGGUGCAUGCAGCUCUUAUGCAUACAGAUACUCCUCGGUUCCUAGCAGGGAUUUAUGCUAAUACUUAAAUAUGGAACCACGGAUGCAGCACAUGAUGUUACGCCAUGUCAACUGAAUUACUAAUCCUUUCAUAAAAGUUGAUAAGAAGCUGAGUGACAGCAGUGUGCUUUGCUGCUGCAGCUGCAAACAUGACAUGAGAUGAAUCAGUAUCUAUCUAUAUGUAUUACUAAUAUGCUGUUUGAAGUACGAUCAGCUCAGCUCUGUGGGGGACGGUGUUGGAGGUAAACUAAUCCAUUUGGUCCAAAAAUAUCUGACCUUGAGUUAAAAAAAUGAGAAAAACAGUUACUUCCCAGAGACAACGCCUGAAAACUGUUGAAAGUCCGUACUUUUUGUGACCAUGACCGUAUCAUAGAUGUUAACAUUCACCAUUUCACUGUCAACGCCACUGUAAACAAAGGCCAGUAUGAACUGUUCUUGAACUGUGACUGAAAUCUGGGGCUGCUCCAUCAAUAAAAACCCUCUAUAAAAAGCUCAGAACGACAAACUGUGAGUAAAAUUGAAACAGUAGCUACAGUAUAUUGUGCUUUUCUGUGACUGCAUAACUUUUGGAUCGCUUUACAAUGACCAACCUGUGUAAAAAGUAACAUCCACAUGCUGAAUAUCACUAGAACAGCUGCCAAAAUGAAGCAUUGUAGACAAUAGCUGAGCCAGGAUAAGAGAAAGAAAGAGAUUUUGAGCUGAAAAUCACACAGAGUUACAAUAUCGCUGUCCAAGACUGAAAAAUAAAAGGUGAAACUGAGGGUAAAAGGUCGUCUCAAAGUUUCUGUUCCAAUGAAGACGAAAUUUGUCGCUUUGGAAAAUCCUCCGUUUUUUGGAUACCCACAGCCUCGGCUGAAUAAUUGCACAUAAACUAUCUCUGGCCUUCGUUUGGCUCGGCCUGUUUAAAAACAGUUUGUUUUUCCACCAGCACAGUUUGCCAAAACCCCACUGUGAGGUCCCAUCCCUCGGGAUGAUUUAAAUCUACUGCUCAUUUAAUAUGUUCUCGUUUCUGGUGGAGGGCUGAAGGGAUUCACGUUCCUAAAAUUGUCUCCCUUAUUGAGAUAUGGUGCAGAAAAGGAAUGAAGAGCAACUGAAGUUAUAAAAAUGUAACAAGCCAAAUGAAGCCCCCCCUGUUUUUUAAAGACACCACAAGCACGACUUACAUGACAUCAACUCAACCACAGCCGACCCACUGCAGGCCUGUAAAGAUGAUUAUAAUAUAUGAAUCAGUCGUCCCUCUCUUGUUUUUUUCCACCGUCCCGUCAGAUAAUGAACCAUUUCCUCUGCCACCCAAAACACUCUCCUCCACUCUCACUCUGGGGGACUCCAGAGGGAUUUCCCUUUUACCCUCUGAGUGAUGGAGAAAAACAGAGGAGGGUUGCCUCACUCUCAAGUGUCCACUAUGACACACUGCAGUGACACACAGACUCUGGACAUGCGGCGGAGUUGGAUAUUGACAAACAUCUUUCUACUUCCAUCAUCCCUUCACAGUGAGAGUUUGGUUAACAACAGGGGAACAAACUGGGGUAGAACAGUUGGCUAAAGAUAACAGUUUAAUUAUCAAAACUGUCAAACUCACAGGACGGUGGUUACAGUCUUUGUUUAAGGAACACGAUUAUGUAUCUUAUGUUUGUCUUUAUACAAAAACAGAACUGAUUAGUGUGACUCGCUCAGGUAUCUAUGCUUAUAACAUGGAAUCAUGCGUAUGUUUCCAGUCAUAUACAUCAUGUCAACCCUGAACUGGUCCAUGCUCAGCAGAAGCUGAUAAUAAGCUCCUGAGUGACAGCGUGCGGUUUGCAGCAACGGCUACUAUCUGUUCUUUGAGGAUACACAGAAGCGAAGUCUGUGUCUCGACAGGAUACAUCUGCUCAUGGAGGAAAGAACUAAAAGUGUGUUUCUGAGUAAAAAUGAUGCUGUGGGUGGAAUACUGCAAAAAAGGCUGGAGCUGGAAUCAAAAGUCCACACAGUGUUUCUGUAUGUGAGUUGAAAUUAAGAGUCUAGACGUGAAUUUACCGUAAUGAGUCAAAUGGCAUCUUCCUGUGAUUCUCGCUUUCCUUAUCUGUAAUUGCUCCAACUUUACAAGCCAGUUUAACCAGAUGAGGUAAUGUCAUUAAUUCUGCUGGGUUCUGUGAAUACGGAAAAUUAUCUGUUAAGUUAAGAGACCAUCACAGUUUAAGAUAACUCUUGUGAAGAGUUUUAAUCUUGGCAUUUAAAGCCCACAUUUUACUGGAAAUAGUGUAAAGACAAAAAAUAAGAUACUUAAACUGAACAUUUUUGGAAACACGUUGCUGGAAUCAGAUUUAAAAUGAGCAUAUUGACCUUUUUUUCGAUUUCAAUACGUUGUCUCUGAACUAUCUAAUCAAAUACAAACUUAAAAAUUCAGACUGUUCUGACUGGCUGUUGUCUCGUUGAUUCCUGAAGGCCAGAGCAGCAUGGUUCAAACUAUUGUCAAGUUGUGACACACGCUCCCCCCUCACCUCCCUCCCUCCCUCCUCUCUUUCAGGUCUGAACACGUCCAGUUUCACUCUUAUGAUGUUGUAAUUGCCCCCUGCUCCCCUCCCCUUCCCCUCCCCCUCUCCCGCUCUGAGUGUCUGAAAGCCGCACUCGCUCUCUCAGGUCAGUCUGAGUGUUUAUUUCUACCGACUGAGAAUGUCAAACGCCGCUCUGUUUUUUGAGCGGCCAAUUCUCACACAACAGUCCUAACACUUCAUCUGAGUUCAUAACACACAAAACGGCUUCAGUUAUGGUUCUUCAAAUGUCACACUAACAGCUCAUCUAAAUAUCUCUCUGUUUAGCACAGCCUUUGUAUAAUGAAGUGCUUAUUUCAUGAGAGGCUGCCUUCCAUUUUUAUUGUGUUUGAGAGUCAGGGAAAAAUUAAUAGCGUUCUUGACAUUUCAGCCUCGAGGUUUUAUGAAAACAGAGACUAGAAAUGACACAAUUAUUUCCGUCUUUUCAGCAACCGGCUCAACCCGUGUCGACUGUAUCUUGUAAGCUUGUUCUGUGUAAGUAAUGGCGGAUCAAUACUGCGAAAUUGUAAAGUGAUUUUUUCCUGCCACUCAUUAGAACAAGGUCAGCAAGCAAUAACACGCAUCUACGGCCCGUUCUGUGAGGCUUUUACAACUGGAAUUAUUACAACAUCAAAAUUUCAGUGUGGGCGAUGCUGAGUCAUGGAUUGGUAAUUCCUCAGAGGAAGCAAACUUCGGGCUGGAAGAAAUUCGCCUCUGGCCUCCUCUUCUUCCUCUCCUUUUCUCUCUCUCACUCUUUGUAAUAUUCAUCUAUGAAUAAUAAUUCACACGGCGGCCUGAGACCAAAGGGGUAACUAAAACAAGAUAUCAAAACAGUAGCAACAUUAUGGGGUGUGUUCUCAGUUGCGUGAACAGUUUGUCUACAUGGGUGUGUGUUUGGGGAAGUGUGUUAGUUCUGUAUGUGAGCCAAUAGUGAGCCAUGUCAGGACCUGCUGGAAGAAACUAAAGUCUGAGCGAUCCCGGCAAACAGGCAGAGCGACGGACAUAGCUGGAUCCUCACAUCAGCCUA